AAAGUCAGUCAGUGUCGCGACACACUGUACAGGCGGAGGAGUCUGGAUUUGCAGGAGCUCAACUAAUCAUUUAAGACGCAGCCUUCCAGGUGAUUUUGGUGUGUGAGUUCAACGUGAGCAGUUCUCUUCCAGAUCCAUUUGGAUAUGGCUUACAUCUGGCCCAAAGUUGGUCUACUGCUGCUUUCUGGCCUUCUGUCAGUCUACUGUCAAAAUCCAGGAAGUCCGCAGCCUGUUCCAGUGAAUGGGACUGAUGUGGUUAAUGCAUCUGAAUUUGCUGUGCAGGAAUUCAACGACAAAUAUAAUAAAGAUGACUAUAUUGUCCUACAGAUGGAAAUUUUGAAUGCAACACAACAGGUUGUGUCUGGGCUAAUGUACUACUUAGAAGUUGCGAUCCAGUGUACAUAUUGUAAGAAGAGGGAACCCAUCAACUCUGCUUGCACCUCCUGUAAUGGCCAGAAGGUCUGCCAUUUCCAAGUAUGGGAACAAGCCUGGUUGGACUCAAUAGAGCUGGUGAAAGCUGAUUGUCCUUCUGACUGGAGCUGAAGAACAAAUGUGUAAUAUGUGCAAAAUAUUUUGGUGCACAACAGCUACACUAAUUCAUCAUUCUGUAAAACCAAACAUUCUCAAAGCAUGAAUAUGAAGAGUUUUGGAAUAAAGUGAUUUAACAGAUUUGGCUCCAAAGAACAACAUAUUCCAAAAGUAAUACGUAGAAAUAAUGUUGGAGCUUAGGUGGACUUGUGCUUUGUCCAGUUCCAUGGGUUCUAUUGAUUAACGUGAUACUCCAAAUAAGCAAGCUAACACAUCACUAUUAAGAAGUCAUUAGAAAAGACACCAAAUGAAUGAUCAUUAAAAUUAAAAGUGUAUUCUAACAGACAAAAAGUUAAAUUGUGAAAUAUGGAAAAUACUUUUGUUCUUCUAAGCUUUUUUCUUUUUAUAUAUUGUGUUCUCUGAUUAAUUUUGACAACUGUCCUUUUAAAUAAAGUUAUCUUAGUCUGCUCUUGCGCUAUUAGGAGCUUUCUUUACUUGACUUUCUAGAACACUAGUCACUCAAAAUCUGUGAAGUUGUUCAACUACUACAAUAAAGGUUUAUGUUGUUGAA